AUGUCAGAGAGCAAUCACAACUCUCAAACAGAUAAACCGACUCACUCUUUCAGAAACAAUCGCAUUUCUUUAUCUAAAGAACAGUCAUGGAGAAAACCGCACUUUCAGGAUGAAUCUGUUGAGCAGCCAUCGUUGUCGUUGGAUUCUGCUGCUAAAUGCCGCUCCGAUACUCACUCAUUGUCUGCUUCAUCCAAAGAUACUACAAGGAAUACUCACUCAUUGUCUGGCUCAUGGAGAAAAACUACAAAGGACACGCUUAACAAGUCAAGUAUUCAAAGUAUGAGUUCGGAAGGACUGCGGCAAACUAUUCGCAACUUUGACUCUCCUGUUGCAUCAAGUAGUCUUGACUCGCUUUCGUUUGUUUCUAGGAAUUCCAAUGACGAUGGUCGUCCAUCUCUUUGCGAUCUCAAAGUGCAAGAAGAUUAUUUUCAGCUUAUUUUAGAAAAAAUUGGAAAGGAUAUUACAAUUGCACCAGAUACAAGUCAUAUCAUUUUGUCUUUACGAAAACUGAGAGAAGGCAUUGUAGCCACAUCUCGUUGUGAUGCAUUUGCCAUUCGAGAUACCAAAAACAAUGCCGAACUCUUCAAAUCGCUAGUGUAUCUUGUUAAUACUUUAUAUCCAGUCAUCAGUACAUCCAUUGAGGUUUCAGAUUCAUCGUCAAAUUUGGCAUCUACCAAUAGAUCUGAAAUGUCUGGAUAUCUGCUUUUGCUGCUUGUUUGUGAGAUCCCAAAAACUAAAUGGUCUACAACUCCUAGCCAUAGUUCAUCAGUUCAAAUUGCAAGACAAACACGAUUACGUAUUGUUAUCCAACUUGUGGGAUACCGCAACAUGUCAUCAACGCAUGCUAUUAUCAAAUGCGUUGCCAACAAUUCAGGCGCGAACAAUGACAAUCCUAGCUAA